AUGACUUUAUUACACGUAUUAUCAUAUGGAGCAGCCCUACUCGCGUUUUUAUUUUUAACCUUGAGCUUAGCCGAGCUCGUCGAAGAAUAUACCGUUUUAACAAAAAAGAUUAUAAAAAACGUAACUUUGUAUUUUACGUCUGUCUACUUUGUUUUCGUGGACAUUGCUGCGUUCUUUGGAAUUUGCGUUUGGUUAAUUCCAUUUUCUUAUUUCAUUUCCUUAAGUGCUAAUGACAAUGCUCUUCCAUCUUUCGAUACGAAAUCUUAUAAUAUCGAUUUGAUUCCAGCACGAAACAAAUCCGGACUUCUCAAGAAUUUGCUUAAUUUCAUAUUACAGAAAAAGGAAGAAAUAAUUCCUUUGACAUCUGCUUCGCAAUCAUCGAAUCUUUCAACAAGAAAAAAUUUAUGA